CCUAGAGCCGCCGCAAUGAAGCCGAGAAAAAAUAAAAAACGAGUUCCAAGCUUUCGCAAGUUGCUGAAAACUAGUAAAGUAAAACUUGACAACAAGUUAAAGAAUAAACAGUUUAAGCAGCAGAGCAUUGCUAAGAAAUAUCGAAAAGAGCAAAGAAAACUUAGGCAAGCUGUCAAAGAUGUUACAUCCAGAACAUCUGUUCCAUUGGAGGAAUUCAAGAAAAAACAUGCAGCUGAAAGAAAGGAGGAAGAGGAGGAAGAGGAAGCUCUUCCACUGGAUAUGAUGGAUGAAGAUGACAUGAAAUUAAUGGAAGAUUUAGCUCAAAAAGCAUCAUUUGUAACAAGAGACCUUUCUUCUAGUGAACCUGUUCAUGCUAAGAAACGAAAACAGGAAAGCGUGAUUGACAGAUAUGAGAAAAUGCCAAGGUGCAUGCAGACUGAGCCAGAAAAAGAACUUAUUCACCUGCUUCCUAUCAAAGAUAAAAGUGGCAUUAUUCCACAAACAAUGGAAAAGCCAGUCAUCAAUGUUGCACAGAAUGAAGAGGAGGAAGAUACAGAAGAAAUGGAGGUGGUAGAAGAAUCUAGUGAAGAACCCCAGCCGGUGCUCACUACAGAUGAACUGCUAAUUCAAAGGAGAAGGAAGCUGCAGGAGAAGAAGAUACACAUUGCGGCCUUAGCAGCUGCCAUUCUGUCUGACCCAGAAAACAGCAUAAAGAAGCUGAAAGAGUUGCGUGCCAUGCUAAUGGAACAAGACCCCAAUGUGGCUGUGAUUGUUCGGAAGCUGGUGAUGGUUUCUCUGAUGGAACUAUUCAAAGAUAUUACUCCUUCUUACAAAAUUCGGCCUCUGACUGAAGCAGAAAAACAUACCAAGGUUAGAAAAGAAACUCAGAAACUAAGGGAGUUUGAAGAAGGCCUUGUGAGCCAGUACAAGUUUUACCUGGAAAAUCUGGAACAAACAGUUAAAGACUGGAAGCAGAGGAAGCUGAAGAAAAGUAACGUGAUCUCAUUAAAAGCAUAUAAAGGUCUGGCAGAGAUUGCAGUCAAGUGUCUGUGUGAGCUUCUUGUGGUGUUGCCUCACUUCAAUUUCCACAAUAACAUCAUUGUCCUGAUUGUACCUCUCAUGAAUGACACAUCAAAAUUGAUUUCUGAAAUGUGUUGUGAAGCUGUAAAGAAGCUCUUUAAACAAGACAAACUGGGCUCUGUUUCUCUGGGUGUCGUUAAGGUGAUUUCUGGCCUUGUAAAGAGCAGAAAUUAUGAUGUUAGACCUGAGGUGCUAAAGAUAUUCCUUCAUCUACGAAUUAAAGAAGUAGAAGUAAAAAAAGACACAGAAGACAUUACUGCAAAGAAAAGGUUCAUGUCCUGUAAGGAGAAAAGGAAAAAUCUUUCAAGGAUGCAAAGAAAGUGGAAGAAAGCAGAAGAGAAGCUGGAACGAGAACUCCUGGAAGCAGAAGCCUCAGAGAGUAAAGAAAAAAAACUGAAACUGCACACAGAGACUCUGAAUAUUGUAUUUUUAACUUACUUCAGAAUACUGAAGAAAGUACAGAAAUCCCCUCUUUUGCCUGCGGUACUGGAAGGUCUUGCAAAGUUUGCUCAUCUCAUAAAUGUAGAAUUUUUUGAUGACCUGUUGGUUGUUCUACAUUCUCUCAUUGCAUCUGGGGAUCUAAGCUAUCGGGAGAGCCUUCAUUGCGUUCUCACUGCUUUUCAUAUUCUGUCUGGCCAAGGUGAUGUUCUUAACAUUGACCCUUCGAAGUUCUACAGUCACCUUUACAGGACACUAUUUAGGCUACAUGCAGGUGCUACGAAUGAUGACAUGGUGAUAGUGCUUCAGUGCCUGGAUGUAAUGCUUACCAAACGUAGGAAACAGGUUUCCCAGCAACGAGCCCUGGCUUUCAUAAAGCGACUUUCCACACUUGCUCUCCAUGUCCUUCCAAAUUCCAGUGUUGGGAUCUUGGCAACCAACAGAAUAUUGAUGCAAACAUUCCCCAAAACAGACCUCCUGCUAGACAAUGAGGCUCAAGGUAGUGGACUUUAUCUCCCAGAACUGGAUGAGCCAGAGUGUUGCAAUGCUCAGAACACAGCUCUGUGGGAAUUACAUGCGCUACGGAGACACUAUCAUCCAACAGUGCAGAAAUUUGCAAAUCACCUUAUUGCUGGAGCUCCAGCUGAAGGUUCAGAAGCUCUCAGACCGGAUCUGAGCCGAAGGUCUGGCACAGAACUUUUUGAGACAUAUAAUAUGAAAGGAAUGACUUUUAAUCCUCCUGUAGCAUCUGUUACGCCUAGAAAAAAGGAUAAAUUUUUACAAGGGGAUUCAUUUCUAAAUGAAGAUUUAAAGGAAUUGAUUCAGACACAUCUCAAUGAUGCUGCUGUUCACCGACCCUUGGAUUUUGCUAAACACUUAAAGGAAUCAUCCCUAUCAUAAAUUUUGCAGAUGUGAAGAUAUUUGGGAAGAAAGGAAUCUCUCUUUCAAAUGCUGGCAAGCGUCUUUCCAAACAUUAGAAACUGUAACAUCCCACUCAGCAUUACUAGAUCUGUAUCUGUCACCAGAAGCACAGUCUGGAAUAGGCCAAGCUAGUGCUGAAUAGUUUAGGCCUCAGCAGUUUCCUUCAUGGAGAAUGCAGAAAGAUAUCUUAAAUCAGGAAUCCGUGAUGUUGGUUCCAGUUAUCAAGUAAAUGCAAGGCUAUGUGGAGAAAGAUUGUCAUAUUUCCUCUAUCUCCCUGUGUUUUUGUCAGCCUCAGAAGAGCUUUUUGCCUUUGCCAUUUUAAGGCCUUUAAAGUCACCUGGAAAGGGGAAGAGAUGAUGAUAGCAUUUAAAUUCAAAUACAAGAGUAUAAAUGGGUGCCUGCAUACCAUGAAAUACAUUUUUAAGGAAUUUUGUAACAAAAUAUUAUUGGCAGCCUUAUUACUUGAAUUCUGAUGAAGUGACACAGUAGAUAUAAAUAGUAUCUUGAUCAUUGAGAAUGAGUGGAAAGGAAAUACAGAAAUGUAUCACUGCUCCAUGUGAUAUGGGAUUAUUAAGAAUUGUCUGGGCAAGAUUUUCUUCCAUGUUAAGUAGCUGGGACCUUUCAGAAAACAUCUUUUGGAGUUAGUGUAGGCCCAGUGCUAAUAGUAAUGUGUCUGGACCUAUCGUCUGUCAUAUACAUAAAUGGUACACUGUCACCUUGGAUUCUGCAUUUGGUUUUGUCACUUUAGCUCAAGCAAGCUAGAAGAAAUUUAAAAGAUUGAGAAAGGAACAAAAUAAAAUUCUUAGACACUCUGCCACAAGUAUUUCUAUACAGAGAUUUAAAAAGAGUUUAUGUAUGGAGAGAGGAGUAAGAGAUCAUAUAUUUUAAAUUGAAUAUUAUUAAAUGCAUAUAAAUUAAUGUUUAGUAAAGUUCAGCUGUCCCAUAACACAAAAUGACGGCAUCUCUUAAUUAAGAGCCUGUGUGGAAGUACCAGUUAGCACACUGCAUUACCGGUGGAACUCACUGUCACAGUGUAUGUUGAAGCCAAGUUACAUUCUAAGAGUCUUUUAAAAGGACUGGCCAUUGUCAGGUUACUUGCUGUGAUGGACCCUAGGACGAUGCAGGCAUAGUAGGCAAAGUAAAACUCCUAUGUUCCUAGCAAUUUUCACAGCAUUUAGAUUUGCAUUUAUCUUUAGGCUUUCAUUGGACUGCCUGUGUAUAGGUUUGUGCCAGUACAGAGUUAUAACCUAAAAGCGUAGAGCGUUUUCAUGAACUAUUCUGGCUGCUUGUUGUACUUCACUAUGGUUUACCAAGCACACUUUUGAAAAAAAAAUAAAAAAUGAUAAAUUGUACCUUGAAAAAUCAACA